AUGUCAGCUUCUGCUCCGUCGUUACAUACCAAGAGCAACACACAAAGCAACACUCAGAGUCUCUACAACACCUUGAACUUCCAGGGUCGGGAAAUGCCCCCCGACCAGCUGUUGAAGAUGCUGGUGAACAUCCUGGGUGAUCCUCGACAUCCCAUUCGGAAGCAUCCGGAGAUCUUCCCUAUGUUCUCCAAGAUUACCAAAAAAGCCGUGAUGACGAAGGCACCGCUAGUGGCCAGCCAGGACAUCAUCGACGCCUCGCACAUGGCCGCAUCCAUUCGUGAGCUGAUGCAGCCUAGGAAGGUGAAGCCUUUGCCGUCAGAUCUGGACGGAACUUCCAUGGAACAGUUAUCCACGAUGCGCACGGAGAUUCUGAAGCUGUAUGCCCAGCCAGGGGGCAGCAUUGCCGUGCAGAAGUCGCAGUUGGUAAGCCUCACGCCUAAAGAGAUUCUGGAUCUUGCAGACUCCUCCUUCGGCCAACUGCACUCCCUGGUUGCAUGCCUAGAGGCUACCAUCGAGAAAACGGAGACUGACGUGGAGUUCUGUCAGAGGCUUCGGCUUCACCACGCUGUAGAAAGGACCGUUGUGAUCAUGCGGCACUUCAGCUCAAACCGAGAGGUGGUGUUCCGCGGGUUCCAGAUCCUAGGGCACUUGACGAAGCACGACCUCCUCUCCGUCGACGCAAUCCUCGAGAAGUCUGUUGCGCCAGACAUUCUCCUGUCCUCGGACAAUUUCCCCAGCGAUCAGGAGAUGCAGCUGAUCGCAUGCCAGGUGCUGCGGCGCGUUUACCUCCGAGCACGUGAGAACACAAUGGCUGGUUCGCGCAUAGUCAUUUUGGGGAAGCAGCUGGAUGAGGUAUGGACGUUCCAUGGCCUCGCACGAAUUUUGACCUCGAUGAAGCUGUUUCCGCAAGAUGCGGAGAUCCAGCUGGAAUCCUGCGUGCUACUUGCAUCCAUUGGCGAGCUGCUGCAUAACAAUGGUUAUGCCACGGAAGUCUUCAAGAUCCUGGAUCUUGCCAUGCGCAAGCAUGGGCAACGGGCCGACCUUGUGUCCCAGGGCAUUUUGAUUAUUGCGCGUCUCGGCGCCUCCUUCCUGGCCGUCGAACAUCGGGGUGUCCGCACUAUCGUGGAUGCCAUGGCGCGGCACCGCUCCAACAAGGAGCUACAGAAGACGGCCGUUCGCGCCCUCUUCGCCCUGUCCAAGGACGAGCUAGCCUUGAAGGCGUCUCGCUCUGGAGGAGGUGUUGGAGCGAUCUUUGCAGCCAUGGCCGCGCACCCAGAUGCCACGCAGGUUCUGCAGGAAGGCACACGAGCUCUGGAGAAGCACUGCCCUCGAGCAGUUGCCAGCAUUGCUCGGCUUUGCGGCGAUCUCAUAGCCGUGCUCCCGCCUGUUGUUUGGUCCUCGGGUCCUGAUUUGGGAGGAAUGCUGCAGGUCCACCUGGACGUGGAGCAUUUGAAGUCCAAUGGCUGGGCACCUCGAGGCAUUGAGAAUUUCGUCGCAGAGUUCUCUCCUCCUGCCGAACGCUCUAACGAUGAGGAGGACUUGCUGCACCUUUGCGCAGGCUUCCGGCGCAAGAAGGGCUUGCGUGAUGACAUCGACGCAGCUGACUCCCAGUGGAUGUCCUUGGGCAGCGUGCGGGUGAUGAUGCCAAGGAGCUCAACCCACAACAUUCUCCAAAAGGACAUCAACGCCCUGACGGGUCGUGGGUGUGACGUGGAGAUUUUGCGGCAGGCUGGCCCCAAGAGAGAGCACGUUCAAGGAAUUUGCGAGGUCCUGGCGGAGGGCGUCGGGCCGAAGAAGUACACAGCUCAGGAUGGCGAGCUGCUCGUUCUCAUCUUGGGCCACUUCGCGUGGUUCUCCCACACGCAUGCGAGUGAAAUCAUUGAGUUUGGAGGACAUCAGGCGAUCCUUGAUUGGCUUCGCACAGAUCGCUUCAAGGGCCAGAGGGAUCCAAGAGAUGAUGCUUUGGCUUUCCCCAUGCAGCGUGCAUGCCUCUCCACACUUAGUUGCUUGUGCCGGCAUGGCAUCGACACUGCUGGGCACCUCCUGGAGCUGGAGGCAGUAGAGACGGCUGUGCAGUUCACUGGCCACCUUGAGGCUGGAAUCCGCUGUGCCUCAUUGCGACUCCUUGCAAGGCUGCUCCCAUAUGCUGUGAAGCGCUACACGGGGAAGGACUCCAAGGACUCGAUGCCCAUGGACGAGAUUUGGCCAGCCAUUCUUGGUGAGUUGCGGAGCAGUGAAGAGGUCUUGCGCACUGCUGCGGCAACCUGUGCAGUGGAAGCGAUCAACAGCGGGACGCUGCCGACAGACCCAGGUAUGACCCAGAGCUUGGCACAAGCCCUGCUAUUUGCGCUGGAUGCCGCUACCCUGGCGGACUCCGCUGCCUCUGCCUUGCCUGUUCUGAUCGCCGUGUCUCGUAUGGUGUCGGACACGGAGGACGAGCAUGCCUCCACUGCAAUCAAGAAUUGUGACACGCUCAUCCCGCUCUUGACGGAUUGGCUACCAAAGGCGACACAAACCCGGGCAGUCUCCACUGCCAAAGCUGCGGGCCUUGCUGCUGCCAGUACGCUACGAACCUUGAGUGACGGCGGCGCUGCAUUUGGAGGUGCUGAGCUAGCCGCAAUUCUGCGGUACGGCACCAGCGUGUCCGCAGAGCUGGCGUUGCAAGAGGCUUGCAAGGCGGCCAUCGAGCUUGCAGUGCAGCGGGAGCCAGAUGCAAGUCUGCUGGUGCAAAUGCUGACAGGGAGGCUUCGACUGGGAAGCAGUGGUGAGGAGAAGAUCGCCGACCUUACCAUUUUGAUUCGAAUAGCACAAAGGGCUGUCGUGUUGAUCAAGCAGGACCCCAACCAAGCCACCGAGUCGCUCCUCAUGGCAUUGGAGGAUUCCAACGAGCUGAUUCAAUCCAUCCCUCCUGACUUGCCCGGGGACAGGGACAUGGAUGGCAUCCUCCAGGAGUUGAUGACCCUAACCAGCAAGAGCAUCGGUUUGGCAGAUGGACAAGAGGAAGAGGAAGGCCUAUGA